AUGGCAGUCGGCAAAAAGCGGCAACUCGAGGACUCCGCGUCCGCGCCGAAGCCGAAGAAGACCAAGGUCGCGUCUGCCGGCCCAAAGGAGAAGAAGGAGAAAAAGACGGGCACAGUCUACACACCCGUCACCGCGCCAGAGGAGGUCGACUUUCCGCGCGGAGGCGGCAGCUCGCUCACGCCCUACGAGAUCAAGACAGUUCGCGCCGAGGCUGUCAAGGAGGCGAAUGAUGAACUGUUCAAGGAGAACCAAGCACAGCAAAAGCAAAAGAGGCAGAGGAGAAAGUCGGAUGUGAAGGCCAAAGGAAAGGGCAAGGCGGAGGAUGGAGAGGAGGGAAGCACAAUACGCGUUGAACACCUGAACUACAAGCGCGUGUCUGUCGGCAUGAAGAUCCUCGCUCAGAUUACCGCUAUCCAGCCCCUCGCUCUUCUCGUCUCUCUCCCGAACCAGCUCGCCGGUCACGUUCCUAUAACGAAUAUCUCCUCAGAGCUCACACAAGCUCUCGAAAGGAUGGACGUGGACAGCUCGGCCGAGGAAGACGAUGAGGAAGAGGAGGGAAAGACGUUGGGUUCGCCCGAGCUAACCGACCUCUUCGCAAUCGGCCAGUACGUGCGCUGCAUCGUCACGGCUGUGCAUGCCGCGGGUACUACGGAGGGCGCGAUGCUUGGGAAGAGCAGAGAUGCUACGGAGAAGGCAAGCCGGCGCGUCGAGCUCAGCCUGAACCCCGAGCAGGUCAACGAGAACGUCGCAAAGGCGGAUCUGAAACCCGGUUUUGCAUUGUCAGCGUCGGUGCAGAGCGUGGAGGACCAUGGCUAUAUCCUCAACCUAGGUGUGCCGAAGGUCGCAGGCUUCCUGUCUUUCAAGGACGCCAAGAAACGGUUCGGCGACGAUAAACUCAGAGUCGGUCGCAUAGUGGACGUCGUCGCUUCCAAACUCUCCAGCAACGGUCGCACGUGCAACGUCACAGUAGCAGAGUCAGCAGUGAGGGAUGCAUCAGUCACUGAAGUAUCCGGCGUCGGCUCUGUGCUUCCCGGAGAGCUUGUACAAUGUCUUGUUACCGCCAUCUCUGAGCUCGGGCUUGUCGUCCAGAUUCUCGGCUUUUUCGACGGGACCAUCGACGAGUUUCACUUGCCGCCCGGUAACCCCGAAGACAACUUCAAGCUCGGUCAGAAGUUGAAAGCGCGAGUCCUAUACGAAGUUGCAGGCGCUUCGCCACCCAGGUUCGCGCUGUCCUUGGCAGAGCACGUGCUGAAGCUUUCGCCAAAGCGAUCAUCAGAAGAGGAAGACACACCAUCUACACUGCAGGAAACGUAUCCCAUCGGCACGACAUUAGAAGGCGUCAAAGUCGCAAAGGUGGAGACGGAGCGCGGUCUGCUUGUGGAAGUCCAACCGGGUCUGCUAGGCUUCGUUCACAUAUCGCAUGUGUCCGACGAACAUGUUGUGUCUCUACCCUCCAACGCCGGCGCAUGGAAGAUAGGCUCGUCACAACGAGCGCGCGUCAUCGGCUACUACCCUCUCGACGGCUUGCUGCAGCUAUCUCUGCGGCCUACCGUACUGGAGCAGAAGUUCCUGCAAGUCGGCGACGUGCAACCAGGCGAACUUGUCAAGGGCACUAUAAAACGCUUGACCGACGCCGCACUCUUCGUCUCCAUCUCCGGAAACGUUGACGCAGUGGUCUUCCCUAAUCACUAUGCCGACAUUCCGUUGAAGCAGCCCCAACGACGGUUCAAACCUGGGGGCUCUAUCAAAUGCAGGGUACUCGUUGUCGAUCCCGAGCGCAAGCGCAUCGCCUUAACGGCGAAGAAGACGCUCGUCGAGUCGGACCUUCCCAUCAUUGCCGCGUUCGAGGACGCGAAAGUUGGGAUGGUGACGCACGCGACUGUCUUCCGUGUCACGGAGAAGCGCCUGCAGAUCGAGUUCUUCAACAAUGUCAAGGGCGCUGUGCCCGCGAAGGAGGCUGUUGAGACUGGCGACCUUGCGGCCGCGUAUACUGCGGGCAAGCCCGUGCGUGUACGCAUAGUUUCCAUCAACACCGAAUCACGUUUCAUCACUGCGAGCAUCCUCAAAGCAAGCGCCGCCCACGAGCCUAAGCCUAUUCCGGACAUCAGUGGCGUUGAGAUCGGCAGCGAAGUAUCGGGCGUCAUUCAGGAUGUCCACAAGGAGAAUGUUGUCUGCACUCUCCAGCCCUCGGGUAUCCGCGCUCUUCUCUCGCUGAAGAACCUUGCGAACGCACGGAAGGUCCCUGUCGCGCAGCUCCGUGGUGUGUUGAAAGCAGGGGACGAGCUACCGAGUUUGCUCGUUGUGGCUCGCGAGCCAGAGAAGGGCUUCGUCAUCGUGGCGAGUCGGCCUCGCGGGAAACCGGUGGUCGAGCAAGACACGCCGCUCACGUUGGACACUGUGCAAGUAGGACAACUCGUCGCCGGUCGUGUCUUGCGCCAAGCGCGUGGCGGUACGCUGCUCAAGAUCACCGGGAGCAUCACUGGCACUCUCCAUCCUACGGACUCAGCGGAUGACUACGAAGCUAGCACGCCGUUCCCGGGCGCUGAUACUAUCGUGCGCGGCGCUGUCGUUGAGAUCGACCGUGCGCACAGGCAAUUGACACUGUCGUCGCGCGCCUCGCGGAUGCAUCCGGACGAGGAGCCUGACGUCAUUGACCCGGAGAUCAAGAGCGUGGACGAGUUGAAGGUCGGCAAGACUGCACGCGGCUUCGUCAAGAGCGUCGCGGAACAUGGGCUAUUCGUGUCUAUCGGCCGGAAUCUGGACGCACGCGUGCAGAUUAAGGAGCUCUUUGACGAGUAUGUCAAAGAGUGGAAGCCGCGCUUUCAAGUCCAGCAACUUGUGAAGGGCCGUGUCCUCACUAUCGACCCCGAGCGCAAGACGGUCGAGCUCACCUUCCGCUCCGGCGAUAUGUCCAAGCUCAAGUCCUCCAACUCGCUCUCUUCGUUCAGUGAGGGCCAGAAGAUCGAAGGGCGCGUCAAGAAGAUCGAGGACUACGGCCUGUUCAUUGAGAUACAAGGAACAAAGAUCUCCGGGCUAUGCCAUAAGUCUGAGCUCUCGGACAACAAAGAUGCCGACACAACACUCGCUCUUCGUAGCUUCCGCGUGGACGACACCGUCAAGGCCGUCAUCAAGUCAAUCGACCUCGAGAAGAAGCGUAUCGGCUUCAGCCUCAAGCCAUCGAACUUCUCCGCGGAGGACUUCGAUUCUGACGAGGAGGCCGAUGCUCAGCCGCUCGGCGUGGUGGAGGAUGUUGAGAUGGUUGACGAAGAAGGGUCGGAUGAGGAGGAUGGUGACGCUGGAGAGGAUGAUCAGGAUGAGGAGGUUGCCGACGAGGCAGAAGUCGCUCCGAAUGGGUCAGACCUUGAGUCGGAUUCGGACGAUGAGGAGGCGAUGGCGGUCGACCUUGAGACGAUCACAUCAGCGCCCACACCCGCACCUAUCGCCGGUACCUCGAAGUCUGCAGGUAACGCUGCGCCUUCUCUGCAGCUGAAGCGUGGCUUCCAAUGGAAUGAGGGUGACAUCGGCGCCGAAGAUGACGGAUCCGAUGCUUCUUCCGAUAGCGACGACGAAGACGCCGGCGGCAAGAAGAAGCGCAAGAAGAAGAAAGAGAUCGAGCUCGACUUGACGGCGGACUUGCAGACCAAGACGCCCGACUCGAACGCGGACUUUGAGCGCGUGCUGCUAGGGUCCCCAAACAGCUCAUACCUCUGGAUUCAGUACAUGUCUUUCCUUCUGCAACUCGGUGACGCGGAUAAGGCUCGUGAGGUUGGCCGGCGUGCUGUGCAGACCAUCAGCUUCCGAGAGGAGCAGGAGCGCUUGAACGUCUGGAUCGCGUUGCUCAAUCUUGAGAACGUGUACGGUACGGAGGAGAGCCUGGAAUCGGUAUUCAAGGACGCUGCAAGGCAUUGCGACUCCAAGACGAUCCAUCUGCGCAUGGCGACGAUCUUCGAACAGUCGGAGAAGUUUGAGGCCGCAGAGGAACAGUUCAAGAAGACGGCCAAGAAGUUCGGACAGAGCUCGAAGGUUUGGACGCUCUUCGCGGAGUUCUACCUCAAGCGCGGCGACGUUGAGAGUGCACGCAAACUCCUUCCGCGUAGCCUGCAAAGCCUUGAGAAGCGCAAACACCUAAAGACGAUAUCCCGCUUCGCGCAACUGGAGUACAAGAUCGGCGAUCCGGAGCGUGGGAAGACCAUCUUCGAGGGCAUUGUUGACUCCCACCCGAAGCGUUGGGAUCUAUGGUCUAUCUACAUGGACAUGGAGGCAGGUCAGCAAGAUAUUCAGAGCUUGCGUGGCCUUUUCGGCCGGGUUCUCGCGCUGAAGAUGACAAGCCACAAGGCGAAAUCAUUCUUCAAGAAGUGGCUGGAACUCGAGAGGCGUCUGGGUGAUGAUGAGGGUGCCGAGGCCGUAAAGGCUAAGGCUAUUGAGUGGACACAGCGCGCUGCUAACCGGGACGCCGCCGACGAGGCAUGA